GAUAAGACGAUAAACCGCUAGUAAUUAGGGCACCAGAGACGAGUGGCAGGCGAGGCAGUGGUUGAGGAAGCUUCUGUCAGCACCACGUCUCUCAGGACUCAGCGGCGACGUGGUGCGAGAAGUGUACAAAAACGCGAAUUCCCUUGGGAGGCCUACAGCUAAUUCCCUUAUCGUUUUCCCCUGUGGCAGAUCUCAGUAAGUGAAGCCUUUGCAGUGAAGGCUUCAUGGAGUCUGCAACGAAGGAAGACCCGUUGGUGGAGAGGAACGGAAAGGAAGAGAAAUGCAGGGGCGACAACCCCGAGGACUGCCAGGUGUGCAUGACAGCCUUCGAUGACACCCUGCAGAGGCCGCGCACGCUGCCCUGUGGCCACACCUUCUGCACGCCCUGCGUCAACAGACUGACGGCGCGUGGCCAGGUGAUGUGCGCCACCUGCCGGCUGGGCCACCCUGUGCCCGAGGCAGGGCAGUUCCCAAUCAACUUCACCUUGGAGGCCUUCAUCACGCGGGGCAGCGACUCGGAUGCAGGGUCGACGUCUUCGUCACCCAGGAUGGCCAGGCGCGCCAAGGCUGGGGCGAAGGGCGGGGGUAGCCUUGGGAGGAAGAUACGCUCCAUGCUGCAGGAACAGGAGGCCAAGGUGGUGGCCGCCCUCGACGCCUGCCAGAAGGUGCAGUCACAGCUGGCUCAGUACCAGAGGACCCUGGCGGGGUGGGGCAGUCACCAGCAGCAGCUCGAGGACAGACUGCAGUCGGUGAUCAACGACAGCAAGAGUGCCCGGGUGCUGGUGCGGCAGGAGGAGGUCCAGGUGGCGGUGAAGAAGGAGGAGGUGCAGCAGGAGGAGCAGAGGCUGCACGGUGUGCUGAACGUCCUCCGCAGGGUGGCUACGGAGGAGGAGGCGGGCGUGGCAGUGGUCGACGUGGUCCACUGCACUCACGACGCCGAGGAGAUCCUGGAGGAGUGCCGGGUGAUGCUACCUGACGUGCACACAGUCACUGCCGCCAGGAGGGUGAGAGAGGCGUCCAUGGCAGCUGUGGAGGCUGUGAAGACCGUCCACGCAUCUCUACCAGCGCCGGACGCCCCUUCUGACGCCCUCUCUCCGCCCAUCGCCGCCUGCAUCACGGACAAGAUCCAAACACUCCUCACACCAACUCUGAAGGCUGCUGACCUUCACAAAAUGACCCCCGCAGCCCGCAGUCUGAUCCAAGCAGGCAUGGUGGUGGUGGUCACGCAAAUGGAGCACAAGAGACACGCGCGGAUGAGCCUGGAGGAUGGCCGCCUGUACCUCCACGCCCUGCAAGACCAGCCCCCGCCCCCCUGUGUGGCCAGGCUGCAGAUGAGCGAGGUGGUGCCCGCUGCGCCGCCCUGCCUCGUGUUCCUGGACCUUGCCUGGCCAGACGCCGCGCCCAGCAGAGUUCUCAUCCGCCUUAGCCCUGACACACCUAUGGGCCGCCAGUUCCUGCUGCUGUGUACUGGCCAGCGAGGACCCAGCUACGCCCACACGAGGCUGUGGCGCGUGAGAAACAAAGGAAAGGCUGGGGAGAGUGUCUGUGGCGGUGACUACGAAAGAAAUGAUGGGACUGGCGGGGCGUCAGUGCUACCAGAUCUGGAGGGCGGGCAGUACUGGCGGUCUGGGCGUGCAGGGGCGGUGUGGGGGUGGGCGCAUAGAGGUCCUGCACAUGGCACCCUCUUCGGCAUUGUCACCAGGGACAGGCAGGACGGCCGUGUGCUUAGCGGUGUCUUCGGCGAGGUGGUGCGUGGACUGGAGGUGGUGGUGGCUGCGGCACAACACCAAGACAUCAUGGAGGUGAGUGUGGUGGGCUGUGGCGUGGCGCUGUGUGGUGCCCUGGUGCCCUGCCCGUGACCACACCAAGGCAGGGACUGGUGGACUGCCGCGUGGAGAGGAGAGGUGAUAGAUGGAGGAAGAGAAGUGGAAAAGUGGAGAGAGAGAAAAUAUUUUAAUGUCAACAAGCUUCAAUUAAAACAAACUAAUAUU